AUGUCGAAUACACACUCCGAAGUCUGGCCACCGUCGCAGGGUCUGGCGACUCCAACGGUCAGCCACAGAGAUGCCGUCCUGACAACGACCGGCAGCGUGCGGAUUGACGCGCCCGCGGCCAAAGUUUUCGAGACCUUGCUCAACGUCGGCGACUACGAGAGCUGGAACACCUGGAUCCCCAAAGUCACCAUCAAAUCCCAGCCUGAAGGGCAGUCGGAGUCCGAUGCGAAAUUGCAUCUCAACACUCUCUUCAUCUUCCACGUGAUCAUGGACGCGGCCAAACCCCAAAGCGACACGCCGACCGAACUGAGGAUGAGCGACAUCUCAACACCUGACCAUCCCAGCGACUACGUGAGCGGGGAGUUGUUGUCAGAAAAGCAUGGAUUCACUGCGGACAGCAGUCGCGUAUACAGAAUGGCAUGGAAGUCCGAAGGAGGAUUCGUCUCGAAGGGGCUUAAGGCGGAGCGCUUCCACGAGAUCGUCCCGACCGGUGAGCAUUCGUGUGAGGUGCGGACAUGGGAGGUCAUGGGAGGCGUGCUCGCGUACACCGUGCGCUGGCUCUACGCGAAGACGCUGCGAGAGAAAUUUGUGAUCUGGUGCCAGGAUCUGAAGAAGAAAUGCGAGGAGUAG